AGGAAAAUUGACGGUUCAAAAGAAAAUCAAGUUCUAUUGAGCGCGGUGAAGACUCGAGAGUCGGAAAGGGUUCUGCGGCUUGGGUUUUGUCAAGUGAAAUGGCGCAUCCUUGUUUAUUGAGGUUGCUGCGUGUAGCUGCUUCGUUUCAAAGUUCAGCGUGGCGCCGUUCCUAUGCCAAGUUGGCCUCUUCGUCUUGUGCGCAAGGGAGGAGGGAGAAACAGGUUGAAGUGGAAGCAGAUGAAGAUGUAGAAGAUUUCGCUGUGAGCUCCGGAAUCAGCAGACCCCUCUCUGAAAUCCUCAAGCAAAUCAACAAGAAAGUCCCUGAUGCCCUCGUCAAAUCCCGCCAUGAAAAUGGGUUUACAUCCAAAUACAUCCCCUGGCACGUUGUUAAUCGAAUUAUGAACUUGCAUGCUCCAGAGUGGUCUGGUGAGGUCCGAAGCAUCACAUACUCUGCUGAUGCCAAGUCUGUUUCUGUUGUUUAUCGUGUCACGCUCUAUGGAACUGAUGCUGAGAUUUUUAGGGAGUCUAUAGGGACUGCUUCGGUAGAUGACACAAGUUAUGGGGAUCCAGUACAGAAGGCUGAAGCAAUGGCAUUUCGUCGAGCUUGUGCGCGCUUUGGGCUUGGUCUUCAUCUUUACCAUGAAGAUUUGUCUUAGUGAGACAUAGUGCUUGUGCUUUGAAGAUUAUGGGCAUCUUUGCAGUUUUUUGGUGGAUGGAUGAUGCUUAUGGCUUAUUACCUUUUGUUGUUGAGGGUAUAUUUUAAACUGAUGCGACCUGGUUUCUUGAAAUGGAACUCUGGUGUUGUAUAUAACUGCCAUUCAAGCCUUCAUCCAUGUAAGCAAGCAAUCAUGUCAGAGUAGUUUCCGGUGAAAUUGUUGUAUUUUGGGUUUAUGUUUAAGUUCUAGCUAUACAUGUAACAAAUAUAAUCUUCUAUCCACUUUUAAAUUACGGAUCCUUCUAUGUAAAAGUACCAAAAUGUGGUAAAGUAUAUAGCAUCAAAUUUUCUGCCUGGAUUUGUUUGAGAUC